AUGAUCAAAGUGGCGUCGAGGUCGGCCGGAGCGCAGCCGCCGGACACUGUGGACAUCAUCCGAAGCAAGCACACCCGCCGGGUGAGGCUAAAUGUCGGAGGUCUCCUCCACGAGGUCCUGUGGAGGACGCUGGACCGGCUGCCCCGCACGAGGCUGGGCAAGCUACGGGACUGCAACACACACGACUCCAUCAUGGAGAUUUGCGACGACUACACCUUGGACAGCAAUGAGUACUUCUUUGACAGACACCCCGGCGCCUUCACAUCCAUCCUCAACUUCUACCGCACGGGAAAGUUGCACAUGAUGGAGGAGAUGUGCGCCUUGUCCUUCAGCCAAGAGCUGGACUUCUGGGGCAUCGACGAGAUCUACCUGGAGUCCUGCUGCCAGGCCAGGUACCACCAGAAAAAGGAGCAGAUGAAUGAAGAACUUAAACGGGAGGCGGAAAACAUGAGGGAGCGGGAAGGCGAGGAGUUUACCACCACGUGCUGCUCGGACAAGAGGAAAAAGCUAUGGGACCUCCUGGAGAAGCCCAGCUCAUCCUUUGCUGCUAAGAUUCUGGCGAUUAUCUCCAUCCUCUUCAUCGUACUGUCCACCAUCGCCUUGUCCCUAAACACGCUACCAGAGCUUCAAGACACCGAUGAGUAUGGUCAACCCACAGACAACCCUCAAUUGGCCCAUGUAGAGGCCAUCUGCAUCGCCUGGUUUACCAUGGAGUACCUCCUCCGCUUUCUUUCCUCUCCCAAUAAAUGGAAGUUCUUCAAGGGUCCGCUCAACAUCAUUGAUCUACUGGCCAUCCUGCCCUACUACGUCACCAUCUUUCUGACGGAAUCCAACAAGAGCGUUCUGCAGUUCCAGAAUGUCCGUCGGGUAGUGCAGAUUUUCCGGAUUAUGCGCAUUUUGCGUAUUUUGAAACUGGCUCGGCACUCCACGGGUCUUCAGUCACUAGGCUUCACACUCCGAAGGAGCUACAACGAACUGGGUCUGUUGAUCCUUUUUCUGGCCAUGGGUAUCAUGAUUUUCUCCAGUCUGGUGUUCUUCGCUGAGAAGGACGAAGAAGACACCAAGUUCAAAAGCAUCCCGGCCUCGUUCUGGUGGGCGACGAUUACAAUGACAACAGUGGGAUAUGGAGAUAUCUAUCCCAAAACACUCUUAGGAAAGAUAGUAGGUGGGUUGUGCUGCAUUGCGGGCGUGUUGGUGAUUGCCCUGCCAAUCCCCAUCAUUGUGAACAAUUUCUCUGAGUUCUACAAAGAACAAAAGAGGCAGGAGAAAGCAAUCAAAAGGAGGGAGGCCCUGGAGAGAGCAAAGAGAAAUGGCAGCAUUAUCUCAAUGAACAUGAAGGACGCCUUUGGCCACGACAUAGCGCUCAUGGACAUCAUGGUAGAAAAAACGGAUGAAAAGACAGCAAAAAAGGUUCAAGUGAAUCAUGUCUCUCUCAGCCCACAGAAAGGGAAGCCUCAAGUCACGUUGGAAAUGAGUCCCAACAGUCCCAAGCACAACCCGGAAUCGUGUCAGGCGAAGCCUUCGGGAAGCCCUCAACAUCUCAGUGCUCACACUUUGGAGGAGAUGUACGAUAAUAUUGCUAAGACUCAGUCCCAGCCUGACCUCAACACCAAGGAAAAGGGGCAUCUGUCUAAAUCCGGGAGGCACAAAGCGGAAUUUGAGAUGGGAGUCGUCACGGACGUGAGGAGCAUGUCCAGCAUCGACAGCUUCAUCACCUGUGCCACCGACUUCCCAGAGAGCUCCCGUUUUACCGUUCACGGCAGGGUCAGCACAAACCCCAGCCUGGAACCCACUUUGGAGAAUGAGAAUGAAGGCAGCGCUACACCCGUGACUCGAAGCAGCCCCAAGGAACUGCAUUGUAUCAAUCCAAUCAAGGGCGCCUCGGUCAGGGUUACUUUCAGAGGAGGGCGGGAUUCAGGGGUGCGGGUGAUCUCAGAUGGCUCCUCACUCCAGAGCCCAGAGGUGUCAGUCUACACUACCGCGAGCAGCAGGACACCCAGCAAGAGUCCGGAGAACUUACCUCCACACAUCUUCACAUUCCACGACGCUUCCAUCCACAAGUUCAUCGACGCCGACACGGAUGAGGAGGAGCACCUGCACGACGGAUCGGUCAUCAGCCCGGUACAGACACUCCUGGACAGAGCGAGUCCCGGAUUUGGGCAUCAGGGAGCCAACCACAUGGAGGGUUUCCAGAGGAAGCUGGGGAGUAACAGCACACGUAAACGAGACAGGCAAGACAACCACAUGGCUGAAGUACGGCCACUUCAGGGAGAAAAGAGUCAUUCAAAAACGUAA